AUGGAGCACAGGAACAAUAAUGGCAAUGACGGCGCCGAUGACGACUCCAUUAAACCGGUUUCCUCACUCCUCUCUCAUUUUGAAAACCUUGCUCGUCUCAAACCCAAUUCACAUCAUGCAUGCCCGACUCCCGCAUCUCACGAACUUCGCGAUUCCCCCUCAACGUUUCUGGAAACUCCGCACGUCGUCCUAGGCCGUGCCUCACUGGAUCUACCGCGCCCGGACACCUCGAUCUGGACUGCUUCCCACUCCCACUCCCCGUCCUCGUCAGGAUGGCUUCAAACACCAAGGAGAGAUUCUGGAAUUGCUACUCAAAACGCUGAUGGCUCUCCCGGCAGGCGGAUCCCCGCAAGACCGGUCUCGAUGAAUGUGUCGUCUGCCUCAUGGAAAGCCCCCGCUCUAACAGCAAAUACUCCCCACUCUAGCUCUCAGAAGAACGUCAUUCCGGCCGCAGAGAAUCGCACGAGGGAAGCCCAACAGGCCCCCGAAUUAUCAAUCCCCGAACGUCCUCCACCCCGACGACCACCAAGCAAUCAGAGCCGGCCUUCAAGUAGACCGAGCACGCCUUUAGUCGACUCCGCCGGGAGCAAGCCCGGCGGAAGCCCCCGUCAAAAAGAACAUUGGGCCCGCGAUAGCAAAAGUAACUCCAAAAGCUCAUCUCACCCUCCCCCGGUCAAUAGAGCUGAAAAGCCAAAAAUCCCUGCUACCAAAAGAUCCAUCGCCGCUCCUCGUUUAGAAGCAUCCAGCUCUCUUGCGCCUGAGUCGCGGCGGACAUCCUUCGACGACAAAAUAUCGCCCUUCACCACCCCUCCCAAUACUCCUGACAAAACACCUCCCGGCUCCAUUGCGACGAACGGGCAUGCCUCGGCGGCCCUUAUUCGCGAGCCUAUAUCCGCUAUUGAACCCGGACCUCGCAGUGCCCUCCAUGAUCCUACCCCACUUAGUAACCCUUGUCGAUCCGCAGCUUUGGAGGUCAAAACAACUGGAUUUUCGGCUGUGAAAAGCGCAACAGCCGCACUUAACCGCGAAGUUAAGCAACCCCCUCCGCCCCCGCCUUUAAAACGAAGCAACACAGGCUUUGCGAGGCCCCGGAAUGCACGAGAAACUAUAGAUACACAUGAUGCCAGUGAUAAUCUGGAGGAUCGACCAGGUCUGCCACUUCGCUCUCAGCCUCGAAUGUCGCCUAAGGGUGUUGUCCCCUCGUGGACCGGAGGACGCGAAGUGCCGCCGCGAUCUAAACCACCUCCCAGGCCCUCCUUUGAUAUUUCUUCUUCUAAGACAGCCCCUCCUCCUAGCUCCUCCUUACGUAUUGGAAGUGGCGAGUCCAGCACCAAUUUCCUCCCCCCUCGAAGAGACAGCGCUGCUAUCGUUGGACGAAUACCCAGCGAGCCUGUACUGUCAAAUCCCACACAAUUUGCGCGGUCGCCUAUGCGUUCUGUAGAAUCCCUCUCCUCAUCCCCUAUUUCCAACCAACGACAGAUAGGUAGGUCCGCUCUCGUUGAGUCUGACGAGUCCGAAUAUACUUUCGACGAUGCGCCAAUUCCCCACACAGACUACCCUGAUUUCUCCAAUACAAACCGUCGCCCACCAGUUUUCCGAUCCGGGACCAGAGGCAUCCAUACAAAACAUGAUACUCGGGUUUUUGAUGUUUGUGGGAACUAUGCAUGUACGACGGGCUACUUUACACGCGUCUGGGACUUGGUCAGUGGAGAGCAAGUGUUAGGAUUGAACCAUGGAGAAACAAUCAAAGGUUUAUCUAUCGCAUUCAAACCGGGUAAUACAAUGCAUGACGAAGGAAAGCUACUUUGGCUAGGCACGAGCGCAGGGGAAAUUCAUGAAGUUGAUAUUCAAACACAGUCGAUUGUGUCCUCGCGGACAUCGCCGUCCCGGAGAGAAGUUAUCAAGAUCUAUCGGCACAAAAAGGAACUUUGGACCCUGGACGAUGACGGCAAAUUACUUCUCUGGCCCCCGGAUGAAUCUGGCGCGCCAAAUCUACAGUACAGUUACAGCCAUCCGUAUGAUAGGGUUGUGAGAGGACAUACGUUCUCUAUGGUAGUUGGAGAUCAAUUAUGGCUCGUGUGCGGGAAGGAAAUCCACAUAUAUCGCCCCAGUGCCAAGGAUACCAGUUUCCAAGUCCUCAAGGGACCAUUGGGCAAGUCGGAUGCCGGUGAAAUCACAUCGGGUACCACCAGCACAAAGGAUGACGACCUUGUGUACUUUGGCCAUGCUGAUGGCAAAGUUAGCAUUUAUUCCUCCAAGGAUUACUCGUGUCGGGCAACUUUGAACGUGAGCUUGUACAAGAUCAAUUGUCUAGCUAUGGUUGGAGAUUAUUUAUGGGCUGGUUAUAAAACGGGCAUGAUCUAUGUUUACGACACUUCUACGAAGCCUUGGACGGUUAAGAAGGACUGGCAAGCGCACGACCAUGCCGUCUGCGGGUUGAUACUGGAUUCAAGCAGUGUUUGGACUGUUAAUCGGUUACAAGUUGUGUCCCUUGGGGUUGAUAAUUAUAUUCGACUUUGGGAUGCAAUGCUGGAGGACGACUGGCUUGAAACACGAAUGCAUAGCAGGGACAUCGAGUACUGUCAGUUCCGUGAAAUCAGUGCUGCUGUCGUUACUUGGAACGCUGGUGCAGCGAUCCCCGGAAACCUAAGAGAUAAUAAAUUCAUUCGAGACGCAAUCCAUCCCGAAAACCCGCCUGAUAUUCUUGUUUUUGGAUUUCAAGAGCUUGUGGACCUUGAAAACAAGAAGAUCACUGCCAAAAGUAUUCUCAUGGGCAGUAAGAAAAAGGAUAGCUCUGACAAGGAGCACAUGAGUCGACAGUAUCGCGUUUGGAAGGAUUAUCUUGCAACCUGCAUUCAAGCUAUCAUGCCUCUUGAUCAGCCCUACGUUCUUCUUCACACUUCAACCCUCAUCGGCCUAUUCACAUGUGUUUUUGUCAGGGAAGCAGAGCGGGAAAGGAUUAGAAGUUUAAACGCUGUGGAAGUUAAACGGGGAAUGGGUGGGUUGCAUGGCAAUAAGGGUGCCCUCAUCCUCCGUUUCAUACUCGACGACAGCUCCCUCUGCUUUGUCAACUGCCAUCUGGCAGCCGGCCAAAACCACACAGCCCACCGCAACAACGACAUCGCCGCAAUCCUCGAAAGCAGCUCCCUCCCCAUGGAAACAAACUACUCGUCCCGGAUCGACCUCUUCGUCGGCGGCGGCGACGGCACUUUGAUCCUCGACCACGAAAUCUGCAUCCUAAAUGGCGAUCUCAAUUACCGUAUAGACUCCAUGCCCCGUAAUACUGUCAUCGACGCUGUUAAAGCCAACAACCUCCCCAAACUCCUAGAUCGUGAUCAGCUCCUUGCCUCCCGCCGUAAGAACCCAGGAUUCAGGCUCCGUUCCUUCAACGAGGCACCUAUUACUUUCGCACCCACAUACAAAUACGAUGUGGGCACCGACCAGUACGACACCAGCGAGAAAAAACGGUCACCGGCAUGGUGUGACCGUCUGCUCUACCGGGGUUUUGGUAGGAUUAAACAGCUCGAGUACCGCCGGCAUGAAGUUAAAGUGUCGGACCAUAGGCCUGUCAGUGGACUGUUUAAGAUGCGCGUCAAGACUAUACUUCCGGAUAAACGCACGUAUGUGUGGGAGUCGUGUCUGGAGGAGUUUUUGGAGGAGAAGCGGCGGUUGGCCUCGGAUGCUAGCAUCGAUUAUCUGGUGCGCAUUCUUGGUCUGAAUCCGCAAGAAGCAAGGUCCUUGAUCGCUUCUGGAACGGGGCCUAAAUAG